ACAGAGGAGAAUUUUGUUUGUUAUAUUUCACCAAAGGGGGUAUUUUUUUUUUUUUUGUCCCCAAUUUUUUUUGUAGCUUUUAAGGGCAUUUAAUUGGCGUAAAAAAAAAAGGAAUCUUCCCAAUUUUCCCCCUCUGAAGUUGAAUAGCGGCAUUGAGUAAUCCCCAGCAUUGCGAGAAAUUUUCCGUAGCGCGGCGAAUAGGGGAAUGGAUGAACUCGCGCAGGUUAAGCGGCAAGCGAAGAGGCAAGCGAAGCGGUGAAGGAAGUUACAACGACGCUAACGAAGUUGCAACGGCGAGGCUAACAAAGUUGCAACGACGCGCAAAAGAAAAGUACCCUCCCAACGACGCUGCGAACAAGGCGCCCAGGCAGAAUGGAUAAAAAAGAGGAAAAGAAAAAAAAGCGGAAAAAGGAAAAGGAGAAGGAGAAGGAAAAAGAGCCCAGCUACUUUUCGGACACUGUCACGUUCUGCGGCACGAUCGUCCGGGACUCCAUGGCCAGCGCAGCGGAGGCGAUACAGAACAACUACUACCCAAUUAAGGAGUCCAUUUUGAACGCCUACGACAGCUACUUUUGUGACAGCUCCCAACACAGCAGUAGGAUGGUGAAUGGCGGGGUCCCCUUCUUCACCGUCAACCAGGACAGCUCGAAGAAGAAGUAG